GGCAGCUCUGGAGCCGGGACCCAGAGCGGACCGAGGAGGCGGUGACUGCGGCAGCGUCGGGUGUCCGAGCCAGGGUCUGCGAGGGGACUGUGUCGAGGCCUGGAACCUACUUCUCUUGACCGUGUCCGUGUGCGGUUGGACGGCGUCGGGCGCCAUGACUCUGAAUGGCGGCGGCAGCGGAGCCGGAGGGAGCAGCGGCGGGGGCAGGGAGCGCGAGCGCCGUCGAGGCAGCACACCCUGGGGCCCCGCGCCCCCGCUGCACCGUCGAAGCAUGCCGGUGGACGAGCGUGACCUGCAGGCGGCGCUGGCUCCGAGCGCUCUGGCAUCGGCCGCGGCGGGGACCGGGGCCCAGGGUGCGGCGCUCGACUGGCCCGAGGGCUCCUCCGAGUCGCUCAGCUCAGGGGGCAGCGACUCAGACGAGAGCGUUUACAAGGUGCUGCUGCUGGGGGCGCCUGGCGUGGGCAAGAGCGCUCUGGCGCGCAUCUUCGGUGGUGUAGAGGAUGGGCCUGAAGCAGAGGCCGCAGGGCACACGUAUGAUCGGUCCAUCAUGGUGGAUGGAGAAGAGGCAUCACUCAUGGUCUAUGACAUUUGGGAGCAGGAUAGCAGCUGCUGGCUACCUGGUCACUGCAUGGCUAUGGGGGAUGCAUACGUCAUCGUGUACUCAGUGACAGAUAAGGGAAGCUUCGAGAAAGCCUCAGAGCUGCGGGUCCAGCUGCGGCGGGCACGGCAGAUGGACGACGUGCCCAUUAUCCUAGUGGGCAACAAGAGUGACCUGGUGCGCUCUCGAGAGGUCUCCUUGGAUGAGGGCCGGGCCUGUGCCGUGGUCUUCGACUGCAAGUUUAUUGAGACAUCAGCGGCGCUGCACCACAACGUCCAGGCCUUGUUUGAGGGUGUCGUGCGCCAGAUACGCCUGCGCAGGGACAGCAAAGAGGCCAAUGCACGUCGACAAGCAGGUACCCGGCGGCGAGAGAGUCUUGGCAAGAAAGCAAAGCGUUUCUUGGGCCGCAUCGUAGCACGCAACAGCCGCAAGAUGGCCUUUCGUGCCAAGUCCAAGUCCUGCCAUGAUCUCUCGGUGCUCUAGACUCCACAGACCCAUACCGCGUUGUGCAUACAAGUGGACAGGUUGGUGGGCUGGCCCACCCAACUGCCCUAGGUGCCUCAGGGCUGGCUCAGACUCUGGGCAUACCCCACCUGAUGGUUAUGGACAGACAGACAGAUGGUGCUGCCCAGGCAGCUCCCACGGGCCAUCAAGGGCUGGGCCCACAGUGAUACGUGUACAGGCCGGUGUGUAUGUGUCCCAAGCAGCGGCCCGAGCCCAGCCUGUGGGGCAGGCCUGUGUGUGGGGAUGGAACUCCAGCUUUCUCCACGCUUGGGGUGUGCAUGCUCUGAGAGGAGGCUGUUCAGUGCAGUGCUUAUUUGUUUACAUGCAAAUUUUUGUAAUAAAGACUAUUUCCUGAUAGAUCAGG